GUUCAUAAGCGCGGCGAUAACAGUUCCACCUCUUCCGUGCAUACGUGUACAAUAUGGUAUCUCCAGACCGCGUCAACGUGUGGUGUAAAAGAAUGACCGCUGGGAAUUCACGACCACUUUGAAAAAAAUUAUCAAAAUCAAUUUUUUCCGGAUCGAUACCCAGCGAGAGCGACGUCAACUUUCGUUAUGUCUGCGGAACGGUACCUGGUUGGAUUUUCGGAAGCCCUCGACUGGCGUCCCAUGCACUUUGUAGAUCUCCGUGCGGUUCCAGCAUGUUCUUUGUGCGGGAUGGUCCCCAAAGAAACCUUCGAGUUGGAUUGUCUACACUCACUUUGUCCGCCAUGUUAUCAAGGCGUGUGUGGGCAUGACCGUAAAUGUCCGAUAGACGAUGAAACUUUUCAACAAAGUAACGUGCGAAGUGUGACACUGAAAGCGACGCUCGUUCAGCAACUAAAUGUCGGGUGUCCCAACUCAAAGCAAGGCUGUGAUUUUGUUGGAUCAGUGGAAAGAAUGCAGUGUCACUUUCUGCAGGACUGUGCUUACCAUGUCACUACCUGCAAAACGUGUGGCGAUAGAGUGAUUGGAAGGGAUAUGGUGCGACAUCUCAGGGAACAGUGCGCGACGCGACGUGCCUCUCGUGGCGGCUUGCCUGGUGGAAGCAUGUUCGAAAUGAUAAAACAUAUCAAAAAGUUCACUGAAGGUAUCUCUGACAUUUUACGUGCCAUUGAAGCUCGGCAGGACAGUCACACGGAUGCAAUCGAUAGUACUAAAGAAUGUGUUGCAGCUAACGGGGAAGAAAUCCGUAAGUUUGCAGCUAACCGAAAUGAACCAGGAACGAAAAUGUUCCAUACCAUCGUGGCCUUGGCUGUAGCGUGCUUUGUGCUGCUCUGGAUGAGAAAUAGAGACGUCACAGAACAGUUAGCUGCACUAGAAGAAAAAUUGAGCUGUCGGUCAUCUCUGAGUGCUGGUAAGACCCAAACGGAAGCUGAAUUACUGGCAACCAUUCUUCAACAUCAGGAACGCUUAGCAAACGAUGCGAUGGCCCUAUGUGUUCAGCAAAAACAAAGUCACGCGGAGACGCUACAGAUCGUCAAGAAUCAUAAUGAACAAAUGCAGAAACGUAUUGAAGAGCUGCCCAUACGUCUCGAAAGCACAAUGUUGAAUACAUCUGAACGCUCGCUGCUCAAGACAACGGAAAAGCUUAACUACAUGGAAGGAGUGCUACACAUUCUGUCCGGUUCCGGUUCGGCUUUCUUCCACGUAAAAGACUUUGCCGAAACAAAGAAACGCUUGAUGACACGUGACUCAGAGAGUUUUGUGUUGCACGGAUACUGCGCGAAGCUGCAGAUUGACUUCAGAGUGUCCAACGGUUGGACAUACUUGGGUCUGUACGUAAGGUUUUGUUCCAGUCCGAGAGAUUCACUGCUGAGGUGGCCCGCAAACGUCGCCAUCGCUUUGACGCUGGUGCAUCCGAGGGAUCACGGCCAGGACAUUGAUGAAACCUUCUCUAUAUUUGUUCCAAGGCCAUCACCAGAUGUUAGCUACGGAAGUCCUAGAUUCGCCAAAGUUGAAGACAUCGAACGACAUGGACUCAUCCAUGAAGAUGCCAUUACAGUAGCUGCAAAGAUCAGGAAUGACGAUGCUUCGUAAUCUGUAUUGCACAUCUUGCACAAUGAAAUAGCGCAUACUUCAA